GGAGAGACUAAAUAGCUGGGCGGGACUUACACAGCUGAUUUGCUAACUCGCCUUCUCUAAUUGGUGGAGACGCCAGCCGGGGUUUUACGAGAGGGAAUUUUCAAAUCUAGAAGAGGCGCUCGGUAAGCACUGUAUUUUGGAAAGAAAACAACAAUGCAGCGACAAGGAAAGGCGAAGACUCCCCGGCGUCCCGGCCAUAAGAAGACGUCAAACACAGAGAAAGAUCCAGUUGGGGUGUACUGCCGGAUACGUCCACUUGGAGCAGAUGAUGAGGAAUGUUGUGUUGAAAUGAUCAGUAACACCACUAUUCAGCUGCAUCCCCCUGACGGCCUUAAAGCAAACCGAAAUGGUGACUUCAAAGAAACUCAGUACUCGUUCAAAAAGGUUUUUGGAAUUCAAACAACCCAAAAGGAGCUGUUUGAGGAUGUGGCCAAGCCACUGAUUGAGGACCUCAUUCAGUGUAAGAAUGGUCUGCUGUUUACAUAUGGCGUCACUGGAAGCGGUAAGACCUUCACCAUGACGGGCUCACCAGGACAAGGAGGGCUUCUGCCCCGCUCCCUGGACAUGCUCUUCAACAGCAUCAGCCCCUACCAGGCCAAGAGAUAUGUGUUUAAACCUGAUGAUAAAAAUGGAUUGGAGAUCCAAAGCCAAGUGGAUGCCCUACUGGAGAGACAGAAGAGGGAAAACAUGCAGUCUGUCCCAAAAACACCCGUGUCAAGCAGACAAAAGGCUGACCCGGAGUUUGCAGACAUGAUCAGUCCAGAGCAGGCGUGUAAAUAUGACAGCGUGGAUGAGGACAGCUCCUACAGUGUUUUUGUGUCCUACAUUGAGAUCUACAACAACUACAUCUAUGAUCUCCUAGAGGAUGCUCCAUUCGAUCCCAUCAGACCAAAGUGGCUUGGUGGAGGCACACCUGUACGGAACACUGAGUUUGUAACUCCCCAGUCCAAGAUUUUGCGUGAAGAUCAGAAUCAUAACAUGUACGUUGCUGGCUGUGUAGAGGUGGAGGUGAAGUCCACUGAGGAGGCCUUUGAAGUCUUUUGGAAGGGUCAAAAGAAACGAAGAAUCGCAAAUACACAGCUGAACCGCGAGUCCAGUCGCUCUCACAGUGUGUUCAUCGUGAAGCUGGCUCAGGCUCCUCUUGACGCAGAUGGAGACCACAUUUUACAAGAUAAGAACCAGGUGAACGUGAGCCAGCUGUGUCUGGUGGACUUGGCUGGUAGUGAACGCACUAGCAGAACCAGAGCCGAGGGUAACCGCCUACGAGAAGCAGGCAACAUCAACCAAUCCUUGAUGACACUGCGCACAUGCAUAGAAGUACUAAGAGAGAAUCAAAUGUGUGGAACAAAUAAGAUGGUGCCAUACAGAGACUCCAAAGUAACACAUCUGUUCAAAAACUACUUUGACGGAGAGGGAAAAGUCAGGAUGAUUGUCUGUGUCAACCCCAAAGCUGAUGAUUAUGAUGAAACUAUGUUGGUGAUGCGCUUUGCGGAGAUGACUCAGGAAGUGGAGGUAGCCCGGCCUGUUGACCGGGCAAUAUAUGCUCUUCCAGCUGGUCGCAGACACAGGAACCAGGCCUUCAAGGAAGAGCUGUCCCGCCGUCUCGAAGAGCGAGGGGGCCCAUCAAAUGCUGACGACCCAGAACUGAUGAACCAGCUCAUUGACAGUCUCCCAGCCCUCCCGGCAUGUGAACUGCUCGACGCAACCGAUGACCAGACCCUGCCUCGCCUCGUUGAGGUCCUGGAGAGGAGGCAUCGCAUCCGCCAGAUGAUGACCAAGCAGUUCAGCAAAGCAGCAAUCACACUGAAGUCCAUGCUGCAGGACUUCGAUAGCAAUUUUUCUGCCAAAGAGAACUUCAUCCAUGAUCAGCGAGGCAAACUGGGCGAGAAGGACAAAGUCAUAUCCAGUCAGAAGACUGAGCUGGAACGUUUGGAAAACAAAUCCAAAACGCUUGAGUACAAGAUUGACAUCCUGCAGAAGACCACCAACAUCUAUGAGGAGGACAAGCGGUCCCUCCAGCAGGAGCUGGAGACGCGGGAGCAGAGGCUACAUCGGGAGCUGUCCGAGAGGAAGCGCAUGGAGCAGCGCAUGCAGGGCAUGGUUGCUGACACAAAACACAAGUGGGAGAAGGAGUGUGAGCGGCGAGUGAACGCUAAACAGCUGGAGAUGCAGAACCAGUUGUGGGUGAAGGACGAGAAGCUGAAGCAGCUCAAGGCCAUUGUGACGGAGAGCAGCAGCGGCUCUGCAGGUCCCACAGAGCGUCCAGACAAACCUCAAAGGCCAUCCAGGGAGAAAGACCGCCCAGCGACUCAGAAGAGAUCGGCCUCACCAUCGCCGAUGCCUGACUUCAGUCAAGCCCCUCCCCGCCAAAACCCAGGCAAUGUUAGGGCAGCUCAAGAUCUUUAUCACGGCCCUCCCUCCUCCACAUCCUGCGCUAGUCUCUCAGUAGCCUCCUGCAUCUCUGACUGGGAGCACAGAAUUCCCCUAGACUCCAGGCAGGAUAGGCAGCCUGAGACCCCCCAGUACGGGAGCCGGAAGAACCCCGGUCCCUACUGUGGUGGAAGCAGCAGUGUGGGUCGCAGGAGAGGCCGGCACUGGGCCGCAGACGGCGAGAACCCUACCACAGCUCCGGCCUAUGGGCUAGACCUAGAGUCAGGCAUAAGGACUGCCCCCCCAGUUCAUCAGCGGCACAGACGUUCACAUUCCACGGGUGGGGAGAAAUGGGUAGACCACACACCGUCGACUAAUUUGGAGCUAGACACUGUGAUGCAGCCAAUCAUACCCAAUGCAAUCAAGGUGUCGGCCCCCAGUGAGAAAGCCCUGGCUAAAUGCCACAAAUACGUGCUCACCCAUCAGGAGCUUGCCUCUGAUGGGGAGAUUCACACCAAGCUGAUUAAGGGCGAUGUGUUUAAGACAAGGGGAGGGGGUCAAGCGGUGCAAUUCACCGACAUCGAGACACUGAAACAGGAGUGCCCAACUGCUUCAAGUCGUAAGAGGAGGUCUGGCUCUGGAACUGAUGACCAGGAGAACAGGGUGCCUGCGGUUAGUUCAAGUCAUGUCGACCAAAAACGGAGAAAGCCUUGGGGCAAUGGUUGUGAAAAGUAAAUGCUUGAUGGUGUUUGCAUUGACCAAUUGGAGUAAAUUUGAAACAUGAAACUAUGCAAAUGUUUUUUGCAUGGUUAAAAAUAUUUAAAGGAUAAUUUUUUUUUCCAACAAAGAUUGGAGUAUGUUGUAUUUACUAUUUCACAUGCAUGCCAGUUUUUGCAUUCAAUUGAAUUAGAAACAACUUUUUAAUGUAAAGUAAUAAGCUGCCAUUUUGUGGUUUGUUGCGAUUAACUUGUUAUUCUUCAGUGUUCUAAGUGUAACAUGUGCAUGAGUGACAUUUUAAUUCUGAAAUCAUGGAUGGUAUGAUCAGGAAGAAUGAUUGUUAAAGAAUGUACCAUGUAUUAAUUUAAUAUCACACUGUCACAUCCACUGUACAUUUACAGAUAUGACGAUCAAUUAGCCUCUUGUAGAAUGUGUAAAUAAGCCAAGUGAAGGAACACUAGCUGAAUCUGAGGAUGAUCAAAUUAUUGUUUUUUUUUGGUGAAAGUAAAUUCAUUCAAACACGA